UACAUCUAGGUUUAAAAAACAAUCCCAAAACACAUCUAACGUAUUUAAACGCAAAACUUUUCUAACGCAUUCAGUCUGAUAAUCUGUUGACGGAACGUCAAAACCCUAAACGUUCAUCGUCAAAUCGGCUGUUUGCCUUUUCUCGACGACAAUGGCUACUGUACCAGUUAAUCCGAAACCUUUCUUGAACAACUUGACUGGGAAGCCUGUGAUUGUGAAGCUCAAGUGGGGAAUGGAGUACAAAGGUUAUCUUGUCUCUGUUGAUUCAUACAUGAACUUGCAGUUGGCCAACUCUGAAGAAUACAUUGAUGGGCAGUUUACUGGUAACCUUGGAGAGAUUCUAAUCAGAUGUAAUAAUGUUCUGUAUUUACGAGGUGUUCCAGAGGAUGAAGAAAUAGAGGAAGCAGAUCGUGAUUAGCUAGCAAGCAGGUGGAUUGGAUAUUUGGAUGGCCCAUGUCUUAGAUCAUUAGAUGUAUUGUAUUUUAUUUUUAUUUAUUCUGUUUUGUUAUGGAAAUAUUUUGUGCUCCAUAUUACAAUUUAAAAAGCCUCCACUUUUAAUUAGGUGUGGGUGGAUCCAUGAACAUGUCAGACAAUGUUUCACAAAUCAUUAAAAAAUAUUGUUGCAUAAGUAAA